UUCCCAUUAUUUCGAGCCCUUCGCCACCGUGGAAAUCCUCAGCGCCGAUCACGAUGAGGAUGAGGCGGAGAGCGACGAUGAAGAGGAAGACCAUUUCCAUGCAGUUACCAGUUAGUCAGUCAAGAGCUAACGAGAUCGGUGUACACAUGUGCCUCAUGUGUUCGUGCGAGUGCGUAUGGAAUGGAAUGAAACCCUCACAAAGGAACUUUACCACUUCGUCAGAGGAUUAAGUCAUCUCGUCCCGAGCCUGGUGUUAUUAGAAGGGAAAACUUCAGUUCAUCAUCCGAAGAGUGGUUAGUGUCCAAAACAUAUUCACCCAAGAUUGGUGUGUUUUUGAGGGGAGCCUCGUGCUGAAGUGAAAUCAAGUGUUCGUGCAUGCACUGCACCCGCUCAAGAGUCAAUUUAAGUGGUGGUUGAAAUGGUGGUCUGACUGACUGGCUGACUGACUGAGGCACUUUUGAGGGUCUGUCGUAAGACGGGAAAAAGGAAAACUCAUUUCGAGCCCAUUGCCUGGGUUCAAUUUGGAAGAACAAACGAUUCAUGAAUAUAUAUGCAAAGCGUGCAUAAAUCGAGCCUCUCGAGUUAGAUUGGAAUGUAAACCAUGAAUAGCUGGACCAGGAAGCUCCCAAGUUUGGACUUGUUCAAGAAGCUCCGGAUCGGUGAGCAAAAUUUUGCAGACCGAUUCGAUGGCGAUGACAGCAUAGUGCAUUGGACCAAGAGAAGGCCUUCUCAGUCGUCGGUGGUUGAAGAUGAUAAUUGUGCCGAUGACUCGGACGAUACCAACUCACUCGUGGAUAACAAUCUGUUUGGAAUUGCGGGAUUGGUCCUCUCCCAAAAUGGAUUGAGGCAAGAAGAUGCUGUGUACGAUCAAAGUGAUAACUUAGCCCGUGAUUGUCGAGAGUUCUACGAACGACGAUUAGAUGCUGCCGAGGAAGUCGCCAAGAAUUGGGGCAUCACUCCCCCGGAUGGCACUCAAUUCUCUUCUGUUUGUGAUAGUUCCAGUUUUCGUUUGGGUGGAGGAUGUGGGGGAUCAUUCCGCUCGGCUUGUUCAAGCGGAUACUUUAGCCUAGUCUCUCAUCCAGGGUCCGGAAUCGAGCGGUUGCAUGAGAAACUGAGUUCUCUAGUCGAAGAAGAAGCUCCUGAGAAUGAGAUGGAAUUCCAAUCUCCAGGAUUGCCGUCUCCUUCACCCACGCAUCCUCUUGAUGAUGUAUCUUCAAGAGAAAGGAUCGGAGUCACUGAUUCCGAACGGAAAUCUCAGAAAAUAUCCUCCUCCCUUGUCAACGAAGACGUCGAGAAGAGUAUUGCCUCAUCCCCAGCAAUUGAUUCCAUCUCUUUCCAAUCCAUUGAUUGUUCGACAACGUCAACUGUGGAUUGCUCCUUAAGCACCACCACCACCACCAAAAGUGAUGAAGAUAAUGACGAAGGCCUUGGAAGCAUGAGAGACGACGAACGGGGAGAGGAGGCAUCAUCACGUGGUUCUUCAGAAGACCGAUCAUCAGCAUCAGCAUCGUCGUCGUCAUCAUCGUUAUCAUCAACAAUACAAGAUGGGGGUACCAAUCUUGCCAAAAAUGUAACGAUAUCGCAGAUACAUUCUAGCUCGGACGUCGAACCAGUGACGCAUCCCGGGUCAUCAAAAUCAAAUUCCCGCCCAAAUUUUCUCAAUGAUCCAUCAUUCCUGCAAACGAAGCUUGAUCUGCUUCGCACAGAGUUGUUGUCGCUCAUCCAUCUUGAUAAUGAGCUUUUCAAGCAGCUCCUCACCCUGAACGACACCAUUGAGGAGAUGAAAGAGGGAUCCUCCACGGAUUCGCCCUCCUCGUCGCCAAUGUUGCCAAGGACUGAUACUAUUUCCGCAAUCACAUCCACGCCAUUCACCAAUUCCGUUUCAAUGGUGGUAAAUCAACCAGAAAGUGAUUUAGACGAGCAUGAUCGAGAUCAUGACGGCAACAACGUCGACAUUGAGAAUGAUGAUCACGACCGUGCCGACGAGAAUGGAAGCGAUCAAGAGCAGGAGAUAAACGAUUUACUUGAUGAGGCUUUAGACUUGACCUCUCUUUGCUCAACGGCCAGUACGCCCUCCUCAGUCAGAUCAUUAUCGGUGCAACAAACCCAAGGAUAUUUGUUCAAGAAAUCAGACUCAUAUCAGGAGGCCGAUGAAACUGGAGACGACGAUACCUCAUCAAGCUCCUCUGUUUCAUGGUCAUCCAUGUCACCCGGGUCCACUUUGAGUCGAGAUCCAAUGCCAAAGCCGAUGUUCUUGAGCGAUAGCGCACACACCGACCCGACUUCCUUGCCUCACAUGGAGUCAUUAUCGUCAUCGUCGGCGUCGUCGGACCCUAUUCGAUCGGUCAUUCGAUCACAAUCGAUCUUGCUCAGAUCAGGGUUCCAAAGACAGAGGGUCUCAUUUCCCGCCACUGGGAAGAACAAAAGAGGUCGAGGUAGUUGGGCCAAUCCUCCGGUCAAGCGGGAACUACCCGUGCAUGCCCUUUUGAUCCCCAACCCUCUAAGGGAGUCAGACCAAGGGCCCAGUUCGCUCCCCGGAUUUCACACCCUUCCCCCAGCAAUCAUAAAGGAAAGUCGUGAGAAAAAGCUGGCACUGAAAGCGAGCCAUGAACAUAAACCCUCCCCCGUGGUCGACAACAGCCAACUCCAGGAUCCGGAACAGAUCUCUCCUCUCCCUCCACCGAGUCCAUUCGAUAAUGAUGAGAUCGAUGUCCCCUCCUUCCACUUGAGAAACGCCACGGCCAUUCGGCCAGGUGACGAUCAUAAUGGUUGUAGAGACACUUGUUCCUCUGAGACGAUUUCUUUGCCUCCGGCUUGGAAGCACGUGAAACAGAGCUCGUUUGAUUCGGGUUUUAUUCGAGGCCGAUCGUCUGGAUCGAAUUCGAGUCGCCACUCAGCUGUCAGUGCUGGAUCCUCCUACUCUUCUUCCUCAAGUUCAUCGGAGGCAACGUCAGGGAGCAAUCACAGUGAUUCCAUUUGAUUACCCUGGAGACGGCGUCUGGUUUCUUUGGACUAUUUUUUCUUGACUAUCAGCGCACCGCUACCCUUCCUAGGAAUAUGAUCUAUUUUCUCUUUGUGAGGGAUUUCACUUCCUCCUAUCAUUAAUUAAUCAUUCCAACAAACCUGUCCCAAAAAAGGGGCCGUGGGUGGAGAGGAGGAACGAGAACUCUCGCGUUUACGCCCCUUUGAAGAAGCACGAUUGGGCGCCGGUUCAAAAGUCAUGAAAAAUUCCCAGCCAAAUAAAUACCUGUUUUACCACAUCCCCAGAGGUCUUUCGUGAUCGCUAGAAAUAAUAAAUGAGUCUAGAUAUCCAUAACGUUGCUA